UAUAUUUACUUAUCUCUAGAUAAUAUGAAUCGACUUCAUGCUGAAUAUGAAAUUAUUUCCCAUUCUUAUUACCACAAUGUUUAAUAUAUAACAACGGGGAGGAAAAUCAUAUGCAAUGGUUAAUCAUUGAAAUAAAAUCUAAAAUUGAAUAAACUAACUACAGAAGACCUAACAGCAUCCCAAAUUUUCAAUGGCAUUGACAUUUUUUCCGCACGUUUUAAAUUGCAUAAAACGGCGACCGUUGCAAAGAAUAAGUUACCAUCAAUGCUCACGCCUGUUAUAUACAUUGAACAACAAUUCCUAUAAAAGAUGGUGUCAUAUUUACAAAUUGGGCACCUAUAUUUUGGAUUCUAAUUACCAAACUAAACGGCAAAUCCAUAAUAAUGAUGUUGUAAAUUCAAAAAACACAAACCAACCUAGAUUGGAAGAUCUAGAUCGUGCUUUCAGAGUUCUACAAGAAACUUUGCCUAAAUUAUUUAUAGAACCACUAGAUUAUUCGAUUUACAGCCCUAAUUUGGUAUUUGAAAACAAUAUUACCGGCAAACAAACAAUUGGAUUGUACCAUUACGUGAAACAAAUCGCACUUUUGCGAACAGUAGGGCAUCUAAAAUAUGCUUACGUCAAGUUCGAAGUGCUUAAAAUUACAAAACAUACUGAAGAUUAUACUGUAAAAAUUAGAUGGAGAAUUCGUGGUAUAUCUGGACUAAAAGUUAUGCUUUCGUUUUGGAAAUAUAAACUGUGGCAAAUGAAAGAAAUAUUUGACGAGCAGGAGUCAUGGUAUGAUGGAUUUUCCGUUUGUUAUUUAGGACCCGAUGGACUUAUACAUAAACAUGUUGUAGAUAGAGUAAUGCCAGAUGAAAAUAAAGAAUUAGUGGAACCGGAAUCCGGGCAGAGCUUGCCGACGGGGUCCGUAGCUGUUUCAUCGCCAAAGUUAUAAAACUAGCUAUCUGCAAAGUAGCAAAUUCUUUUAUUAUUUAUUAAAGCUGUUAUCAAUUGGAGAAAGUAAAUAAACACAAAUCGUUUGUGUAAUUCUAUAAGAAAA